UGAAAGCCAGCAUGGCAGACCUCCCAUCGCACGAAGUUACGGUGGACGCGCAGUUUGGGAACAGCAGGUUUACUAUCAAUAGACUCAUGGGGACCGAGGACAGCUCCAGGUACCGCUUUGGGACGCCUGAACUCAGCGCCGCUGACACCUGGGACACGAACAGCAGUUCCCAAACGAACACCUUCGGCUACAAUACCCUGGACGCGGUGCCCCAGUAUGACCACUAUGCCAACACCAUCGUCAAGGGUGUGAAUCGCUGCCACAGACCUUCGCUCGCUCAGCUGCAUACUUUCAUACACGAGCCGGAUGGGUUUCAGCCGCCCAAGAUGUAUGAUCCUGCGGACGAUGCCGAGGGAGGAGAGGCCGUCAAAGAGGGGGAAGAAGGGGAAAGUGCCGAUAAACCUCCGGGAGAGCCGGUCAGAUUCGGCUGGGUGAAGGGAGUCAUGAUCCGCUGUAUGCUCAAUAUCUGGGGAGUCAUUCUAUACUUGCGGUUGCCGUGGAUCACUGGUCAAGCAGGAAUCGGGCUGACCUGGGUCAUCGUGCUGCUGUCCUCCAGCAUCACCGGGAUAACAGGCUUAUCAACGUCGGCCAUCGCUACCAACGGGAAAGUAAAAGGAGGUGGAACGUAUUUCCUGAUCUCGCGGAGUCUGGGGCCGGAGCUGGGGGGCUCGAUUGGUCUCAUUUUUGCCUUUGCCAAUGCAGUGGCCGUGGCGAUGCACACGGUGGGCUUUGCGGAGACCGUGCGGGAUCUCCUGAGGGAAUAUGAUUCCACAAUAGUAGACCCCACUAAUGACAUCAGGAUUAUCGGAGUGAUCACAGUGACCAUUCUGCUUGGAAUUUCACUGGCGGGUAUGGAAUGGGAGGCGAAGGCCCAGGUUCUGUUCUUCUUCGUUAUCAUGAUUUCUUUUGUAAACUACAUUGUGGGGACCAUCAUCCCUGCCACCCCGGAAAAGCAGUCCAAGGGAUUCUUCAGCUACCAGGCUGGAAUUUUUUCAGAAAACUUUGUGCCAGAUUGGAGAGGUCCCGACGGAAGUUUCUUUGGAAUGUUUUCCAUAUUCUUCCCCUCGGCCACUGGAAUCCUGGCUGGAGCCAACAUCUCAGGGGAUUUGAAGGACCCGGCUGUUGCCAUCCCCAGAGGGACAAUGCUGGCUAUUUUCUGGACGACAGUAUCAUACCUUACGAUUUCUGCUACCAUUGGCUCCUGUGUGCUCAGGGAUGCCUCUGGGAAUAUAAACGACACCAUUGAGAUGCCCCCUAUUGGCUGUGAGGGGCUUGACUGCAGUUAUGGAUGGAAUUUCACUGAAUGUGCGAAGAAUCAUAACUGCCAGCAUGGUCUACUCAACUACUAUCAGACCAUGAGCAUGGUGUCUGGGUUUGCCCCCCUGAUCACAGCUGGCAUCUUUGGGGCGACCCUCUCCUCUGCGCUGGCCUGCCUCGUAUCAGCACCCAAGGUCUUUCAGUGCCUUUGCAAAGAUAACCUUUACCCUUUGAUCGGAUUCUUCGGAAAAGGUUAUGGAAAGAACGAUGAACCAAUCAGGGGAUACAUGUUGACCUACGUCAUCGCUGUCGGCUUCAUUCUGAUUGCUGAACUGAACACUAUUGCUCCCAUCAUCUCCAAUUUCUUCCUGUGCUCGUACGCUCUUAUCAACUUCAGCUGCUUCCACGCUUCCAUCACAAACUCCCCGGGCUGGAGGCCAUCGUUUAAAUACUACAGCAAGUGGGCCUCGCUGCUGGGAGCCAUCAUCUCCGUGGUGAUCAUGUUCCUGCUCACCUGGUGGGCCGCUCUGAUCGCCAUCGGGAUCGUCAUCUUUCUGCUGGGUUACGUGCUCUACACGAGACCAGCGAUCAACUGGGGCUCUUCAGUGCAGGCGAGUUCAUAUAACAGGGCCUUGUCCUGCUCUGUUGGCCUAAAUGAGGUGGAUGACCAUAUUAAAAACUACAGGCCGCAGUGCUUGGUCCUCACCGGAGCUCCUGGUUUCCGUCCAGCCAUGGUGGACCUUGUUGGGACCUUCACUAAAAACCUGAGCCUCAUGGCAUGUGGGAACGUGAUCAUUGGCCCUCGUAAGCAGAAGAUGCCGGAGCUGAGCUGUGCAGAUCGCCAUGUGAAGUGGCUCAACAACAGGAAGAGCAAGUCCUUCUACACCGGCAUCGUCGCGGACGACUUACGCAGCGGAGUUCAAAUCCUCAUGCAGGCUUCAGGUCUCGGAAGAAUGAAACCUAAUGUUCUGGUAAUGGGGUUUAAAAACAACUGGAAAUCAGAUAACCCCAGCAACGUGGAAAACUACAUCGGCAUUAUCCACGACGCCUUUGACUUCAAUUAUGGAAUCUGUAUAUUGCGCAUGAAAGAAGGGCUGGACAUAUCUAGAACGAUGCAAGCUCACGUUAACCCCGGCUUUGAGGCUGGUGAUGACAGCCAUGGCAAUGGAUCUGUAGCAGCUUACACCGUCAACGGUACCUUGGAUCCAGAGGCCUUAGUUGCCGAGCAGCAAACCACCACUGUGUUCCAGUCUCAGCAGGGCAAGAAGACAAUCGAUAUUUACUGGCUGUUUGACGAUGGAGGUCUGACUCUCCUCAUUCCCUACCUGCUGACUCGCAAGAAGCGCUGGAGGAACUGCAAGGUGCGAGUGUUCGUGGCAGGCCAGCUCAACAGAAUGGACGAGGAGCGGAAAGCGUUUAUAGCACUCCUGAGUAAAUUUCGCCUUGGAUUCAACGAUGUUCAGGUGCUUCCAGACAUCAAUCAAAGACCACAACCUGAGAAUGUGAAGAGGUUUGAAGACUUGCUGAGUCCAUACAAGCUGAAUGAUGAUUUCAAAGAUGAAACCAAAAUCAAUGAAUUAAAAAAAGAUUUCCCUUGGAAAAUAUCAGCUGAAGAGAUUCAGAAGAACAUGCCAAAGUCGCUUCGACAAGUCAGACUGAACGAGAUCUUGCUGGAUUACUCGCGCGAUGCUGCCCUUAUCGUCAUGACCAUGCCCAUCGGCAGGAGGAGCGAGUGCCCCAGCUCCCUCUACAUGGCCUGGCUGGAGACCCUGUCCCAGAAUCUGAGACCCCCGGUCAUGCUGAUCCGAGGAAACCAGGAGAGUGUCCUCACCUUCUACUGCCAGUAACACGGACAGUCACACUGCAGCAUGCCUUCAACAUACUCGCACGGACCCUCAUUUAGCAACAGCGAUGUCUGCCAAGAAAUAAAUAAUGUUAAUAACUUGCACUUCCGUGUCCCUUCAUAUAGGAAGUGAAUUAUCAUGCCUCAGUUACACAUUCUGGUGGCUAAUGCAUUAGCUUGCAAAGAGAAGCAGCCCAGUGGACUUUGAUGUUACACAGCAACAGCUAUCUGCUGCAUUAUCAGCAGUGUUGAAUGAGUUAAAAGAGUACAGAAGAGGUCAGAGCUGUAGGUGGUUUAUUUAAAUACAAUUUGGAUAAUCACAUUGUAUAAUAAAAUAUGUAAGAAAGUAGUGCAAUUUAAAAUUGUUUUUAAUUUUAUACAGUAUGCAUAUAAUAUAUUAAAUUCCACUUUGUGUGCAUUUCUCAAUUCUCCUCUUUUAAAGUUAUAGACUGUACUUUCUCUUCAUACUAAAAAGAAUCAAGUUUUUAGGUAAGGGUUUUAUUUUAUUCAUAAUAAAAAUGCUCUGUAGCAGGAAAAGUUUAUGUUUAUUUACGUUAUUAAAAUAAAUAAAUGUUAUGGUUGCUUGCUGUAUAUCCUGACAGACAACUGUCUCAUACAUUGAUGUAAUAUCUAAAGUGAAAUGCUUGGAAAAUAAACUCAACUGAAAUCAAAA